AUGGUUAUUAAGUUGAAUAGAUCUAAUGGAAGGUUUUUUGUGCAUGAAUUUGAGGAAAAACACAAUCAUGCUCUUCAGAAACCAGAGUGUGCACAUAUGCUACCAUCUCAGCGAAAAAUAUCAGAAUUUCAGGCUGCUGAGUUAGACUUGGCAGAAGAAUCUGGUAUCCCACUUUGGGAAUCUUAUGAGUUGAUGGCUAAGCAUGUUGGAGGAAGGGAAUCUCUUGGUUAUACAAAGGUUGAUCAGAAGAACUAUCUUUUGCCUAAAAGGCAAAGAAAAAUGGUGUAUGGUGAAGCAGGAAGCUUGUUGAGAUAUUUUCAAGGUCGUCCGUUUGCUGUGUUUGCUGGCUUGAAUCAUCAUCGAGAAAUUGUAGUUUUUGGGGCAGCAUUGAUGUACGAUGAAACUGCUCCCUCGUUUAUUUGGUUAUUUGAAACUUUUUUGGUAGCUUUGUCCAACGAGGUUCCCAAAACCAUUUUUACAGACCAAGAUGCUGCUAUGAUGAAUGCCAUUCCACAUGUGAUGCCUGAUACAUAUCAUAGGCUUUGCUUGUGGCAUAUGAUGCAAAAUGCACUAAAGAAUGUUAAUUGUGUAUUCAAGGGUAACAGUGGGGUUAGAGAAGUCCUAAAAAAGUUACAUUGA